UCCGGGACGUUGGACGGACCGCAGUUAAAUACCUCCCCGCCCGCUGAUCUCUACAAUUAGACAGUUGGGAGGUUGGGAGGUUCAUCUGACACUUGGCCGAAUCUCGUCCGUGCCCGGCUCGGCGCUGAGCGGAGCAGCUCCCCCGAACACCACGCGGCGGCCGGAGCUCCCCGCACCCUCGCCGGCACGGCUGCCAGGUCAGAGGUUUGAUGGGAUACUUCAACUGUGACGACAUAGCAGAUAUCGUACCAGCGCAAGAACCCACUACAAGUGGUGAUGAAGGCCAGGAUGCCAGCAACAAGGAACUCUCUCGGGAAGAGAGGUCUGACCCCACUCCACUCCCGUCCGCUAUUGUGGGGGACGCUUCUCCUGUUGGUCUUGCCAUCGGUGGAAACCGGGAGGUUGAACAUUCCCAGACUCAAGCUCUCCCAUAGAGAUCUGUUGAUCUCAAACAGCUGCAUUCCAUUCCUGGGAUCUGCCGAGGGCUUUGAUUUUCAAACUAUUCUGAUAGAUGAGGAGAGAGGGAAACUGCUCCUGGGAGCCAAGGAUCACAUCUUCCUGCUCAACUUGGACAACCUCAACAAAAACAUACGGAAGAUUCAUUGGCCUGGAAGCAAGGAGAGAAUGGAAAUGUGCAGGCUAACGGGGAAGCAUCCCUCUAGGGACUGUGCAAAUUUCAUCCGAGUCCUUCAUAAUUACAACAAGACCCAUGUAUAUACCUGUGGGACUGGAGCUUUCCACCCAAUGUGCGCCUUUAUCGAGAUGGGAGCCCAGGCAGAGGAGCCUGUGUUUCAGCUGGAUUCACACAGUCUUGAGUCUGGGAGACUGAAAUGUCCCUUUGACCCUUUGCAACCUUUUGCCUCAGUGCUAACAGAUGAAUACCUGUAUGCUGGUACAGCGUCUGACUUCCACGGCAGAGACACGGCAUUUACUCGCUCUCUGGGACCACCUUUCAGCCAAAACUACAUUCGCACUGACCUCUCUGAGCAUUACUGGCUCAACGAAGCAAAGUUCAUUGGAGCGUUCCCCAUCCCCGACACCUACAAUCCAGAUGACGAUAAGAUAUACUUUUUCUUUCGAGAAGCCACAGAGGACAGCCGCACCUCUGACAGAGCCAUUUUUUCCAGGGUUGCUCGUGUCUGUAAGAACGAUGCUGGGGGACAGCGAAGCCUCAUCAACAAGUGGACCACGUUCCUGAAAGCUCGCCUGGUGUGUUCCGUCCCGGGUCCUGAUGGAGUGGACACCUAUUUUGAUGAAUUACAGGAUGUGUUCCUGCUCCAGACCAGAGAUCAAAGGAACCCCCUUGUUUAUGGAGUCUUCACUACCACAAGUUCGAUCUUUAAGGGCUCAGCAGUGUGUGCCUACAGCAUGGCCGAUAUCCGUGCUGCUUUCAAUGGACCCUACGCUCACAAGGAAGGUCCCGAUCACCGUUGGGUUGAAUACGAGGGGCGGAUUCCUUACCCCCGCCCAGGGACGUGCCCCAGUAGAACCUAUGAUCCCUUGAUAAAGUCCACAAAGGAUUUCCCGGAUGAGGUGAUCAGCUUUAUCCGCUAUCACCCGGUGAUGUACCAGUCUGUGCACCCGAUGGCGGCAAAGCCCGUCUUCACCAGGAUCAACGUGGAGUACCGGCUGACGCAGAUUGUAGUGGACCACGUGGUGGCUGAAGACGGACAGUACGAUGUCAUGUUCCUGGGCACAGAUAUUGGAACAGUUUUGAAAGUGGUGAGCGUCACCAAGGAAAACUGGGUCACUGAGGAAGUGAUCCUGGAGGAGCUGCAGGUGUUUAAGGGUCAUUCCCCAAUAUUGAACAUGAAGAUCUCUUCCAAACAGCAACAGUUGUACAUUGGCUCCAGGGACGGGCUGGUCCAGCUCUCCCUGCAUCGUUGCGAUACCUACGGUCAGGUCUGUGCUGAGUGCUGUCUGGCCAGAGACCCUUACUGCGCUUGGGACGGCAUCUCCUGUUCCCGCUACAUGCCAGCGUCCAAGCGGCGGACGAGACGUCAGGAUGUGAAGCAUGGAGACCCAGUCAGCCAGUGCUGGGACCUGGAAGAAAGUAUGAACAGGGAGAGCGACGAGAAGCUGAUGUUCGGUAUCGAGUUUAACUCCACUUUCCUGGAGUGUCUCCCCAAGUCUCAGCAAGCUUCGAUCCGGUGGUUUGUUCAACGUCCCGGCAAUGAUUAUCGGGAGGAGGUAAAAAGUGACGAGCGAAUUGUCAAAACUGAACACGGCCUGCUGAUCAGACGAGUGGAGAGUCGGGACACCGGGCUGUACCUGUGCAGAGCAGAAGAGCAGUCCUUCACUCACACCAUCGUCAGGCUGGAUCUGCGGGUUAUCGCGAACGAGCAGAUGCUGAGCGCCCAGAAGGCGGCGGAGGAGGAAGUGAGGAGCCGGGACUUUGCCUCGGAGUCGCGGCUGAGAUACAAGGAGUACGUCCAGCUGCUGAGCAGUGCCACUUUCACUGUGGACGACUACUGUGAGCAGCUGUGGCACCGUGAGAAGAGGCGGCAGCGGAACAAGGGAGCCGGGAAGUGGAAGCACGUGCAGGAGAUGAAGAAGAACAGGAACCGACGGCACCACGCCUAGGCCGGUGCCGCAGGAGAACGGGGGUCCCAGCCUCAAGCCGAGUGGCCGAACUCCGCGAACACUCUGCACUCCGCCGAAGCAAGGACUUUCAAUCUCACACAACGUGCUCAGGGUAUCCACACUCUGACGAUGCAUUCUUCUCUAAGGCUACAUUCUGUAGAAUUUACAUCAUUCAGCCCAGCAGACCACAGAGCACUCCAUCUCUAAAGGAUCUCUCUACUCAGCAUGGACUCGAUGAGCCAAAGGGCCUGUUUCUGAGCUGUAGUGCUCUAUGUGUCUGUCUCACAUCUCCUCACACUCCAAGGUACAGCUCUUCACGGUCACAUUCCUCAGUGGCGGAGGACGUGUCCGAGGAGCAGCUCCUCGAGGCUGCAACACCUCACACCAUGUCCUCCUGAGGAAACACCUAGAGGUUGUGGUCAUUGUUCUGACCGAACGGCAAGUCUGAAGUUGGUGGGUCCAGUGCUGGAUUGUUGCCAUAAUCAUUGGUGUUGCUUUAAAACUCAACUCUGGACACUGCUAGCAGUCAUUAGAAAUCAACUGGUGCCUUUUCUGUGAUUCAGUGGCCAACACUGAUAAUCACCGAGCACAUUCCGUCAGCUUCUUCAUCAACAUCAGCCCAGUAUAAUGGGACGAUGUUAUUCUUUUUUUUGUUGUAAAUGUUCAUGGUAUUUAUGCAUGUGACUUAUUAUUAAAUGUAAACAGAAGACGAAUCUUACACAGCUGCUUUCAUGGUCGGUUGCGUUGUAAGAUAAUUACUGUGCUUCUACCCUGUAAAAGAUUUGGUGAUGUUCCUUGUUUUGAUAAUGGGCAAGAACGUCUUUUCUUCUUAAAAUGUUGGCUGAUGGGUGCCAGGAAGACUGUAGAGGGUAAGCAGGCAGGUACCUGGGGAAUACAACACCCAGGGCCUGUUUUAAUACUAGACAAGAAAGCCUUUUUCUUCUUAAUAUGUUGGCUGGUGGGGACAGGAAGAACCUCUGUGGAGGUUAGGCAGGCAAGUACCCUGGGGAUACAACACACAGGGCUCUCAGCUAUACUGCACCUGUUUGGGUUGGCAGUUCCCAGAGGAAACCUUGCCACAGUUUGGUUGCAUGGAACAAAGAUGGACAGAUGUCUGACACUUCAUUAAGGUGAAAGGAGAGAAACCCAGCAGGACAAAUCAGAUCACCACGUGCACAGUGUGUCUCUUCAGUGGAGACCCUCCCAAAUGGAGCCCAUGGUGACCGAAAGUUUUGGAAAGAGGCUUGCAGGAAGGCUUGAGAAUUAAUAAUUCCACUUCCUGAUUACUGUUUUCCUCCCUGUGUUAUUACUUACUUUUUUGUUGAUAAUAUAAUGAAUUUAGCAAACCUGUUUAAGUUAACAUGUAUACAGGAAAGUUUCAGCAAGGAGCUGAAGUGACAGAACUUUGGUAUGUGUGUCACUGCAAAACAAAUUCCUUACUCCUUAGCUUAGAAUUCAGUUUUAUUUACUAGUUGAGCCUUCUUAGAGGUUCUUUUAUAGUUGAGUUGAUGUAUGAUUUCCUAGAAAUGUCACCUUCAAACAAACAAGAUUUGUGAACAUUGACAGCCCAUUACCCUCUGUCCAAGGGAAAGAUCCAACAACUCCUCUGCUGAAUAUUCCUGGCACUCCAGGGCUGUUGUCACUCAAAUGGGUCUCCGUGGACAUUGUCACAUCAGCCAGAUCCAUCUCCUUGGAAACUAUCUGUUCUGGUCAGGGCGGAGAGCUCAGAGUGGUGCUGAAGGCCCGUCUCUCUCUUCCGGGUUCCAGCCAGAGUGGUGUCUGUUGAGUGAGGAAUGCCAGCUCACAGAAAUGAAUGUAUUGUCCAUCCCCUUUAACCUGGUGUUUGUUCGUAAUAUACAGCUUAGACCAUUGAAAGGUUGAAUAGUCUGUUAGGCUGAGUAAGCAACUCCUUCUCAUCAUCAGCAUGUCCUUCCAAUCCUACAGUUUAAUGGUUUACAUUCAAGUAAUGUUCCUCAUCCAAGUAAUGUUUCUCAUCCUUCACUAUCAGGAGGCCAUUCAGUCCAUUGAGUCUACGCUAGCUCUCACUGCAGUGUUGCAUCAGACCCAUUGCCUCCACCUUUCUCGUAACCUGUGAAGUUGACAUUAUGGGUCGAGACCCUCAUGGGUCAAACCCAAAGUAUCGACUGUCCAUUUCCCUCCACAGAUGCUUCCUGAUCCAUUGAGUUCCUGCCAGCAGCUCAUUUUUUGCUCCAGACUGCAGUUCUGCAGUCUCCUGUGUCUGAUUUCCUGGUAGCCUUUACUCUCCCACAGGUACUCAUUAACAUCUUCCUGAACUCGCCUACAGACAAGGGACACAUUACAGCAGCCUGUUAUCCAACUAGUCUGCACGUGGGAGUGAACCAGACCACCCAGGGAAACCCACUUGCUCAUAGAGGAGCAAACAAAGUCCAUACUGACAGCACCUGUGACCAGGAUUAAACCUGGGUUAUUAGAGUUGUGAGUCAGUGACAUUACUUGAAACACCAGCGUGUCAAUCAGUCAGCACGAACUUAGCCAAGACAAGCUCUGAGGAGAGGACGUUUAACAGGAUUCUGCCUGGAUUAAAGAGCAUGUUUUCUGAGGAAAGUUUGAGUGAGUUAGGGCUUUUCUCUUUCUAGUGUAGGAGGAUGAAUGAGAGGUGACUUGAUGUACAAGAUGAUAAGAGGCACAGAUCGAAGGCAUUUUCAAAGGGUGGAAAUGGCUAAUAUGAGGGAGCAUAAUUUUAAGGUGAUAGAAACAUAGAAAAUAGGUGCAGGAGUAGGCCAUUUGGCCCUUCAAGCCUGCACUGCCAUUCAGUUUGAUCAUGGCUGAUCUUCCAACUCAGAACCCUGUACCUGCCUUCUCUCCAUACCCCCUGAUCCCUUUAGCCACAAGAGCCAUAUCUAACUCCCUCUUAAAUAUAGCCAAUGAACUGGCCUCAGCUGUUUCCUGUGGCAGAGAAUUCCACAGAUUCACCACUCUCUGUGUGAAGAAGUUUUUCCUCAUCUCGGUCCUAAAAGAAUUCCCCUUUAUCCUGAAACUGUGACCCCUCAUUCUGUACUUCCCCAACAUCGGGAACAAUCUUCCUGCAUCUAGCCUGUCCAAUCCCUUUAGGAUUUUAUAUGUUUCAAUAAGAUCCCCCCUCAAUCUUCUAAAUCCCAGCGAGUAUAAGCCUAGUCGAUCCAGUCUUUCAUCAUAUGAAAGUCCUGCCAUCCCAGGAAUCAAUCUGGUGAACCUCGCAUUAGGGAUCAGAUAUACUAACACCCAGGAAUUUAAAGAACAUAGAGCAAUACAUCACAAUACAGGCCCUUCAGCCCACAAUGUUGUAACAACCUUUUAACCUAUUCGAAGUUCAAUCUAACCCCUCCCUUCUACGUAGCCCUCCAUUUUCUAUCAUCCACCUGCCGAUCUGAGUUUCUUAAAUGCUCCUAAUGUAUCUGCCUCUAACACCACCCCUGGCAGCAUGUUCCACACACCUAUCACUCUCUGUAUUAAAAAAAAUUCCUACCUUUGACGUUUCUCUUGUGCUUUCCUCCAAUCAAUAUAAAAUUAUAUCCCCUCACCUUGGGAAAAUGUUUCUGGGCACUGACUUCCUCUACCACAAUGCCCUGAUGUAGACUGGCAUGUUCACCCUCACCCCCCCAUCCGAAAGCCAACAAUCAGUCCUUCAGUUUGACUGAUGGUGAGUGAGAGGUUGCUGCUGUGGCAUCUCUCAACCCAAUAUCCUACCUUGCUCCCAUAUCCUGACCCAUCGCCACCUGUGCUUCAUUGAACAAUAGUGGUCAAUGGUUCUUCAGAGGAUGGAGCCAAGUAUCCAUACCAUUCCUAUUACCAGAACGUUACUCCUUGAAGGAUCAGAUUUUUCCAUGUAAAGAUGUUAAAUAUAUUCAUUGUAUUCAUAUCCUGGGAGUGGAAUUUGAAUGUAUAUUUUGGUAUUAUUUUAAUAAAGUAGAUUC